AUGUCCAGAAAUAGCGAUGGCGCCACCACAACCACCAUCUCUUUGCUCCAAGACACGGAGGUGGCAGAGAAGAACAGCGGCGGAGAUAGGCCGAAAGAGCCAUGGAAAGGCGAACUUGUGAAGAGCAUAGUGUACUCCGGACUCGAUGCUAUCGUCACCUCGUUUUCUCUCAUUUCUUCCAUCUCCGCCGGCCGUUUAUCUUCCGUUGAUGUGUUGGUUUUGGGGUUUGCAAACUUGGUGGCCGAUGGGAUAUCAAUGGGGAUGGGAGACUAUGUUUCGAGUAACACAGAGCAUGACGUGGCGGCGAAGGAGAGACUCGUGACGGAAUGGGACGUCACUAACUGUCGCCGCCUUCAAGAACAAUCGUUACUUGAUCGGUAUCGAGCUCUAGGGAUGAACCAUGAAGAUGCAACAAUGGUUGUGGAAAUCUUUGCAAAGUAUAGCGACAUAAUGGUGGAGGAAAAGAUGGCCCAGAAUGGAAUAUUAUCACCGGAGGAAGGGGAGAAGCCAUGGAAGACAGGCUUAGUAACUUUCGGAGCUUUUCUAUUGUUUGGUAGUGCUCCGAUCCUUUCAUUCAUCGUUCUCAUCCCGUUUACCCAAAACGACACCCUCAAGUUCAUUGGUGCAUGUGUUCUCUCCGCCCUCGCACUGGCGGCUCUCGGAAUCGCGAAGGCGAAGAUCGCCGGUCAGAAUUACGCGUUGUCGGUGGUGGGAACCCUUUUCAAUGGUGCAAUUGCUGGUUUUGCGGCUUAUAUAAUUGGGUGGGGACUAAGGAAUGUAGCUGGGUUAGAAGAAGAAUAG